GGUUCCGGGCCACCGCGGGGUCGGCGGCGGCGGCCGGGGCGCGGCGCCCGCACGGGACCCCCUCAGCCAUGUUGCUGAAGAUCACCUUGUCUCCUGGAAGCAGAAACACAGUGAACAGAUGAAUCCCUUCAGCUAGGCAUUCCUCCAGUAGAUCUCUCUCCUCAUGGAGCACCCAGACAGGGAGGAGAUGGACUUGAAAGAGGAAAGUCCUCAGGUGUGGGCUGAAUCUGCAGCACGGGAACAGAAUGCUGCUCAGGUGCACUUUGUUCCUGAGGGCGGAGCAGUGGCCCAGAUCGUCUACAGCGACGAGCAGGAGCGUGGGCCCGCGCAGCAGGUGGUUUACACAGCUGAYGGCACCUCCUACACCUCUGUGGACACCUCGGAGCACACCCUCGUUUACAUCCACCCCGUGGAAGCUACACAGACUCUGUUUACAGAUCCGUCCCAAGUGGCUUAUGUCCAACAGGAUGCCACCACYCAGCAGGUAACGGUGCUCUUGCCUGCUGCUGCUCAGAGCAUGAAUCCCACCAACCUGUCCGUGCUCGGCAGUGUUGCUGACCCCCCCCAGCCAGUGGCUCUGGAGCAGGGGCCACAAGCAGAUAGAGCAUCACUCCCGGUGCAUAACCAGGUAUUACCUCCUAUGGAGGCUGUGGAUGGUUCUGACCCUUUAGCACCUCUGCAGAAUCAAAUGGAAAGGAUACAAACAAAAGAGGAAGAUGAUGAGGAUGAAGAUGAGGAUGAAGAUGGGGAAGACACUGACAUGGAUGAAUGGGAUCCAGAUCCACCUCGACCCUUUGAUCCCAAUGAUUUGUGGUGUGAAGAGUGUAACAACGCACAUCCCUCAGUGUGUCCAAAACAUGGACCUUUGCAUCCCAUUCCAAACCGGCCUGUGCUGACCAGGGCUAGGGCCAGCCUUCCCCUGGUGCUCUAUAUUGACAGGUUUUUGGGAGGUGUGUUCUCAAAACGGCGUAUCCCAAAGCGUACACAGUUUGGGCCUGUGGAAGGACCCCUGGUCAGACAGACUGAGCUCAAAGACUGCUAUAUCCAUUUGAAGGUUUCUCUUGAUAAGGGUGACAGAAAAGACAGAGACUUGCAAGAGGACCUGUGGUUUGAACUUUCCAGUGAGGCUCUGUGUAACUGGAUGAUGUUUGUGCGUCCAGCUCAAAACCAUCUGGAGCAGAACUUGGUGGCCUAUCAGUACGGCCACCACAUUUAUUACACCACCAUUAAAAACGUGGAGCCCAAGCAGGAACUCAAGGUGUGGUAUGCUGCCUCCUACGCCGAGUUUGUGAACCAGAAGAUCCAUGACAUAACUGAGGAGGAAAGAAAGGUGCUCAGGGAGCAGGAAAAGAACUGGCCAUGUUACGAGUGUAAUCGGCGUUUUAUGAGCUCAGAACAGCUCCAGCAGCAUCUCAACUCCCAUGACGAGAAGCUGGACUUCUUCAGCAGAACCAGAGGCCGAGGUCGCGGGCGAGGAAAGAGGAGGUUUGGACCAGGCAGACGUCCUGGGCGCCCUCCCAAAUUCAUGCGCWUGGAAGUAACCACUGAAAAUGGUGAAAAGUGUGAAGAAGGGACACAGGACUUGCUGCAUUUUUCCAGCAAGGGGCAGUUUGAUGAGGCCGGACAAGCUGCAUUGAAUGGUCUGGAGCAGCAGGAACAGACUCCAGUGCUGCCAGAGCCGCAGGUGGCACUGGAGCAGCAGGAAAACCACACACUCCAUGUGCAGCCGCAGCACGAGGGGAGCACAGUGCCCACGCAGAGCACCAUGACAGCAGAUGACAUGAGGCGAGCAAAGCGCAUCAGGAAUGCAGCUCUGCAGCACCUGUUCAUCCGGAAAUCCUUCCGCCCGUUCAAAUGCCUGCAGUGUGGGAAGGCUUUCCGGGAGAAGGACAAGCUGGAUCAGCACCUGCGCUUCCACGGGCGGGAAGGGAACUGCCCUUUGACCUGUGACAUCUGCAACAAGGGCUUCAUCAACAGCGGUGCCCUCGAGAGCCACAUGAAGUUCCACAUGGACCAGAAAACCUACUCCUGCAUCUUCUGCCCCGAGUCCUUUGACCGCUUGGAUCUUCUGAAGGAUCACGUGGCCAUCCAUGUCAAUGAUGGCUAUUUCACCUGCCCCACCUGCAAGAAACGCUUCCCAGAUUUUAUCCAGGUCAAGAAACACGUGCGCAGUUUCCAUUCUGAGAAGAUUUACCAGUGUACAGAGUGUGACAAGGCUUUCUGCCGCCCCGAUAAGCUGCGACUCCACAUGCUGCGGCACUCGGACCGCAAAGACUUUCUGUGCUCCACCUGUGGCAAGCAGUUCAAGAGGAAGGACAAGCUGCGAGAGCACAUGCAGAGGAUGCACAACCCAGAGAGGGAGGCCAAGAAGGCUGAUCGAAUCAGCCGCUCCAAAACCUUCAAGCCCCGGAUCGCAUCCACUGACUAUGAGAGCUUCAUGUUCAAGUGCCGCCUCUGCAUGAUGGGCUUCCGCCGCAGGGGCAUGUUGGUGAAUCAUUUAUCAAAGAGACAUCCAGACAUGAAAAUAGAAGAGGUGCCAGAGCUCACGUUGCCCAUCAUAAAACCCAACAGAGAUUACUUCUGUCAAUACUGCGAUAAGGUGUACAAGAGUGCCAGCAAACGCAAAGCACAUAUCCUGAAAAACCAUCCUGGUGCUGAGCUACCUCCAAGCAUCCGGAAACUGCGUCCUGCRGGCCCAGGAGAGCCAGAUCCCAUGCUGAGCACCCACACCCAGCUGACAGGCACCAUUGCCACCCCUCCAGUCUGCUGCCCUCACUGCUCCAAGCAAUACAGCAGUAAGACAAAGAUGGUGCAGCACAUCCGCAAGAAGCACCCAGAGUUUGCUCAGCUUCCAAACACCAUCCAUGCGCCACUGACAACGGCUGUCAUAAGUUCCACACCAGCUGUUCUCACCACUGACAGCACAACCGGAGAAACUGUUGUGACAACAGAUUUACUGACCCAAGCAAUGACGGAGAUAUCCCAAACCCUCACCACAGACUACCGGACUCCCCAGGGAGAUUACCAGCGCAUCCAGUACAUCCCUGUGUCUCAAUCCACAACUGGCUUGCAGCAGCCUCAGCACAUACAGCUGCAGGUUGUUCAAGUGGCCCAGGCUACCUCACCUCAUCAGUCCCAGCACUCUACAGUGGAUGUUGGGCAGCUCCAUGACCCCCAGACAUACACCCAGCAUGCCAUCCAGGUGCAGCACAUCCAGGUCACAGAGCCAUCACCAGCAACUCAGUCAUCAUCACAGGUUGGGGGUCAGCCUUUGAGUCCCUCCUCACAACAACCUCAGCAGGAACUCAGCCCCUCACAGAUGCAAACAACUACAUCAACACCAACCCAAGCCCUCCAGCAGCAGCAAGGCUCCUCAGUUCAGCACACGUAUCUCCCCAGCAACUGGAACUCAUUUCGGAGCUAUUCAUCAGAGAUUCAAAUGAUGACCAUCCCCCAAGGGCAGUAUGUGAUCACAGAGACUGCUGUGGGUACCCCAGUCACCACUGUCAACACAGGACAAGUGAAAGCAGUUACUCAGACUCACUACGUGAUAUCGGAAGGUCAGCCUGAUCUGGAYGGCAAACAAAACUCUUCACUUUCCAGCGAGGUUCAGGUGGGCGUUUCUCAGCCYGCAGCCCACACAGAUCCCUUGGAAUCCCAAGCGAGCAGCCAGCAGCAAACCACCCAGUAUAUCAUCACAACCACCACCAAUGGGAGUGGCGGCAGUGAAGUGCACAUCUCCAAACCCAGGACCUUCUCAGCAGAGCAUGAGUGAAGGAGCCUCGUGGUGCCAUUUGCUUGUCCUUGUCACCUCCCCAACAGCCCAGAUGUGGGGGUACCUUGGGGCUCUAUAUGUUUUAAUGUAUAUGCUCACUUACCUUCCACUAAAAUCUUGGCACUCUUGGUAAUGCUUUAAGAGGGUUUAAGUCCCCAGUGACCAUGAAGUACCCUCAAAAUCCUUCUGGGAUGCUUUUUAUGCAGCUUUUAACAAAAAGGACAAGAGAAGUGAGAUGUCUGCUUGCCCUGGACUUUAUUUUUGGCAUGUCUGCUGACCCUUAUUUUUCCUUCUUUGAAGUGUCUCCAGCAAAMAAUUUUAUUUCAACUGCAUGGGAAAAAGACUGCCUAACUGAAGGCUUCCUGGCAGAUUGUUAUAUGUAUMUUUUUAACAGGAGCCAUUAAACAGGAGAACAUCAUGUAAAUUGCCAGAAUAUGGCAGAACUGCUUCCUGUGGCUUCUAGCAGCCAAGGUGAAAGGGAAUGUCCCUGCUCCAUGUGAGCGAUUGCCGGAGAAAGGAGCAGCAGCAAAGCAGUGGCUCCUGGUGUCCCUGUGUGGGGAUGGAUUGAACAAUGAAGCUGUGAAGAUGUGCUGAAGCAGUCCUUUAAAUUAUUAUUUUUCCAGCCCUCCAGAACUGUUUACAUGUUGUCUGCCCUGGCCCUUUACCCAGCAGUUCCAGAAACCAGGAAAAGCGCAGUCUUAAACCCAUGUUGUUUAGAACAAACUGAUUGAAAUCCUAGGAGCACCUAAGGGUAGUACCAAGCCACUGUUACCUGUUACCUCUUUUCCCUCCAGUGUUUGCAGGGAAAAUUGAUUUUUUACCUGUGAACAAGAAAAAAAAAAAGAAGAAAGGCUCAGCUAAAGCUGUACAGCAGCUUCUGCUGUAAUCUAACAUAGUAGUGCCAGAAGAAAAUGAGGAUACAGAGCACUCCUCUGAAGGGACAGGGCUCUGUGGCCACCUCAAAGUAAACAUAUUUCUCCUCUUCAAGGCCGGAUGGAGAGUUGGUUAUUUUAGUUUUUUUCCAAAUAACCUUGUUAACAAUGCACUGUAAUUCCUUUGGACAGUUCCAUAAAACAACCAGGCCCGGACUCAGGAAACACAGAAGAAACAUGCUAGUGGACCACUAUUUAUGGGACAUGGAGACCCAUCCAUGAGGGUUGCCUGAUGUGGACCUGGUCAACAUACAGAAUUCAUGUCACAUUUAGGGACCAGGAGAAAGGGAAAGAGAAGGUUUAUCUUUUAAUGCCAUGUAAUAUGUUUUUCCUUACAAAGUUCUCCUUCACAUGUCGCCUUGGUUGUUUAAGGCAUUCUGGUGGUUGCAAGAAUAUGACUAGAACUCCAUUGACUUCUGGUGGGAUAUAGCAUGUAUAUCUGAACUUCCAUUCACUGUGGAAAACUCAUCCCGGGACAUCUGUACAUAACAGGAUACAUUUAUUUAUAAAACAAAAACAAGGAAGGGUGUUGUGUCUUAGAGGCCCUUGAGACAGAAGAGCUUGAGAGGUUUUUUUUAUUUGUUUAUUUGCACUGAGUGUGGUUGUGGGAUUCUUCCAUAGGUAUUCCCAUGGAUUCAGGUGCAGACUACCCAUGUGAAUAAGCACUACAGGUUGCAGUAUCAGGUUUUAUGGAGUUAAAGCUCUUUGACAUGAAAGAACCCCACACUCAGGCCACACAAGAGCAAAUCUGGUUCCUUGUGGGCAAAGCCUUGUAGCAGGUAUUGCAUUGGUACCUAACRUAUCUAUUAAUGUGGUGUGGAAACAGUAUUGAGAAAAAUCAGUUGGCAAAUAGUGGCCAGCUCAGAACUGUUCUGAGGUAGSUUUGAAGUGACUUGCCAAAAUGUGGAUUACUUUGUUCCUGGGAUUUCUCUUCUCUUGCUGUAUGACUGUACUGGGGUAUUACUGAACCAGUUAAAAUUAACAUGGACCACAGCUCCCAUUUGGUCAAGGGCAGUGAUGAGUGAUUUUAAAUUCUGUGGAUUUUGACAAGCAACCACAAAGCCCAGUAAGUAACUUGAAUUCCUGUUGCUGAGGACUUUGGAAUUAUGAUGUUGGGCCUUGCAAUGUUAUUGGUGCAGAAAGAGAGUAGGGGGAAUUUUUGUCUUGGCUUUCUUCAGGCUACUGCUGAUCUAAUAACAAGCCAGAAAUGCAACAAGUAGUAGGAAAAUAGCAGACUUGGAAAUGGGAGACUGGGAAUACUGGGUACUGGGGUACUGCCCUGCAGGAGCAAUUUCAACAGUCUUAAAAUUUGACUAUAGAUUAACAUUAAAUAUGUUCCCAUUAAUGAUGUUGUAGACAUGGGGUUCAAAAAUUAUUUUGCUUUAUUCACCUUUGUUGGAACAGUUCCUGAAUGAGAACAGUGGUACCAGUUACUUAYAACUGAAAACUAUUUAAAACAGAAAACCAUUUUAAAAGAGCCUCUUUUAACUCAAAUCUUCCUCAUCAAAGUUUCUYUGCCCCACAGCAGCAGCAUGCUGGGCUGUCGGCCUGACUCCAARUGAAGUAAUUCCUAGUGUCCCAAGYUGAAUGAAUGCCCUUCUGUGAAAGUAUCCCUGGGAAUGGAAGUACCACAGAUUUUCCUUCUGAAAUAAGGAACUGCAGUGAUUGCACAGAUGGCAAAGAUUGCAUGGAUAUUUUUUCCCCAUUUCUGCAGUGCAGAAGGUAUAAGAUGUAUUAUUAUUAUUAUUUUUAAACCAGAGCAACCCAAAGAUCUCUCUAAGUUGUGUCCCACAGAAGUGUAAAUCCACAGUCCUCUGAGUUGUCUGCAAUGUCCGUGUUUUGUUUGGAGAUGCUGUCCCUUGGGAGGCAUUUUGGGUCAGAUUCUGCAUUUUCCUGGAGGAAAAAGAAAACAACCCCAGCCCACGUAGGCUGAUCUUGCACCUCUUGGACUGCUCGGGCCUAUUUAACUGUGUAUGUUUAUUGUACAUUUGGUGACUGUUGUGUUCAGAGUCUCGUGCAACCUGGCAGGUGUAAAAAAAAGAAAAACACAAAACCUGAAAAUAAUAAAUCUUUUUCUUGUUUUUUUUUU